AUGGGAUGUGGGAAUAAUAAGCAAAGAGCACAAGAUAUUGGAAUUCCUAUUCAGCCUACAGUGAUGUUUGUUGACAUUGAAAAAGCGGAUGCAAAUGCUUUCUUUGAUGAUGUCAUGUUUCUACCUCCUAGCAAUAGCCCACCCAUUAAUAAUCCUCAAGAAGAAAUCGAUGUUUCAAGAUACACUGAGCAUAUUUCAAUGAAAAAAGAAGAUUUAGAAAAUUCAGAAGAAUAUCUGCAUAGGCAUGAUAUAGGAAAAGUAGACGAAGACGAAGAAGCAAGAGUCGUUAAAGUUGCUAGAAAACUAGAAGAUUCAAUAGAUGCAAAAAUCUCAAAAUAUCCCCGCAAGCUUGCUCCCAUCCCAAACGCUCCUGUUCCAACAACAUAUACACAAUUUCCUCUAAAGCAGCAGAAACCCAAAGAGCAAGCUCCUAAGAAAAAAAUAGUUUUUGACAUAAAAGGAGACCCUGGGUUCAAUUUUGAUUUUCUCGACCAAAUCCAGCAAGAGAAAAAGCCAAGUCCUAAAAAUCAUAUUGACAGCUUGAUAAAGGAUCUAGAAUCUUCCAGUCGAUCCUAUGCAUUAUAA